GCCGCGCUUCAGCCCCGGGCUCGGCGACGAGGACGAGGAACGGCACCCAGCGCGGCUUCCGACGGCGCCUUCGGCCCUCCGGGGAACAGAACCUGCGUGGUCCGCAGUUCCACCGAGGCGCCAGGCACGAGCCGAAGCCGCCAGCGUAGAAUGCUGUGCGCAGCCUGGUUGAUUCCAACAUGCAUCGCCUUACAACUCACGUUCGGAAUCGGUUCCUGCCAGUACAAUCAUCAACCACCAGAGCAGCUGGAAAACAUAACGGACAUCUUGAAGAGCAUUCUAGAGGGAUAUGACAUUCGGCUUCGCCCAAAUUUUGGAGGAAAACCACUAUUCAUAGGCAUGGACAUAAAUAUUGCCAGCUUUGACAGCAUAUCAGAAGUCAAUAUGGACUACACGAUAACCCUGUACCUGAAUCAGUAUUGGCGUGAUGAGAGGCUUACCUUUAGCAAGGAGAAGUACGAGUUGACGCUGUCCGGUGACUUCGCCGAGAAAAUUUGGGUGCCGGACACCUUCUUCGCCAACGACAAAAAUUCGUUCCUCCACGAUGUCACAGAGAAGAACAAGAUGGUGCGGCUUCAGUCCGACGGACAAAUCACCUAUGGCAUGAGGUUCACUACUACUUUGGCCUGUAUGAUGGACUUGCACUACUAUCCACUGGACUCCCAAAACUGCACAGUUGAAAUUGAGAGCUAUGGAUACACAGUGUCCGACGUUGUAAUGUUCUGGAAAGAUCCAGAGCCCGUCGUCGGGGUUGAGCAGUCUGAACUUCCGCAAUUCUCUAUCAUUAGAUACGAGACGACUGACCGAAAGGAGAAGCUUGCCACCGGAACAUAUCAACGACUAUCGCUCAGUUUUGAGCUCAAGAGGAACAUUGGAUACUUCAUCUUCCAGACAUAUCUUCCAUCGAUUUUGAUCGUGAUGUUGUCGUGGGUGUCCUUUUGGAUCAACCAUGAGGCGACGUCCGCCAGGGUCGCUCUUGGCAUCACGACGGUGCUGACGAUGACCACCAUCAGCACUGGAGUUCGGUCCUCCCUUCCGAGGAUCUCGUACGUCAAGGCCAUUGACAUCUACCUGGUCAUGUGCUUCGUGUUUGUGUUCGCCGCGCUCCUCGAGUAUGCGGCCGUCAACUACACCUACUGGGGCGCGCGAGCCAAAAAGAAGACGAAGAAGAGCAAGGAGACCAAGAUUCCUCCACCACCUCCACCGACCACGGAUCCACCUUAUCCGAACAACGAGGAGAUCAUCGAGUUGCACGACGUGAGGCUGUCGCCGAUCCCUUGCCUGCGCAACCGGCAUCGGCCGCUGUCGGCGCCUGGCAGCGACAGCGAGCUCAAGUUCCCGCCGUCGUUCCGCAUGACGGGCCGCUUCCCGUACAACUCGCGCACUCUUCCGGCGGGCGCCUGCUACCGGGGCGCCGGACUGCGAGCCGCCGCGGACUACGGCGGUGGCGGCGGCUUCGCGCGAAGGCCGCGCGUGUUCCAGACGCUGCGACGAGGCGCGAGCGCCAUCAGAGCCUCCAUGCCUCGCAUCAAGGACGUCAACAAGAUCGACAAGUACUCGAGGGUCAUCUUUCCCAUCUCCUACCUCGUGUUCAACGCCAUCUACUGGUGUUUCUACCUCAUGUGAUUUGCAGCCCGCUGUCUCCUGCGAAGCCUGGGCCCCACCAUGUACUGUGUGAAAAACGAGGAAAACAAACACCAGCCUGACAUUCGAGGACCUCUCGCCGCUCGGGCAUCGAUGAACCGGUGCAUAGAUAACAUUAUACCGUGGAGUUUCAAGUGCGGAACCCCUUGGACGUAAGAGAACGAAUCUCGCGGCACUUUGAACACGGCUCGCACUAACACCAAUAACAACAUUAGGGGCAGCUGGGCG